AUAUUUUAAAAUUCAAUGUUCCCUUGUUCUUCCUUUCAUCCUAUCUCCUACACAAUUCGAUUCAAUCCAUGUUUGCUUCAGCGACCAACAGCAACAUCAUUUUUCUACGCUACUGCGGUUUCUUGCUACCACGUGUGUCUGUUAUUUUUCCAUUUUACACGCUCAGGUCAUCUAAAUUAGCCCCAAUGGACAACAACAAUCCCAACACCUCCUCGUACGCUCACAGCACUCAAAGGUUGUUCUGUGGCAGAGGAAUGACUUCUGAUAUGAGAAACGGAAGAGAAAGAGAAAGAACAAGAGGGAGAGGGCGUGGUGGUGGUGGUAGUGGAACUGGAACUGGAACUGGAAAGGACAAAAUUGACGCUCUUGGGAGGCUCAUGACUAGAGUUUUACGUCAUAUGGCAUCUGAAUUGAAUUUGAAUAUGCGGAGUGAUGGUUUUGUAAAAGUUAAUGAUCUGCUACGGUUGGAUUUGAAGACAUUCGCUAAUAUUCCUCUGAGAUCCCACACUAUUGAUGACGUUAGGGAGGCUGUUCGAAAGGAUAAUAAGCAGCGUUUCAGCCUCAUAGAAGAGAACGGAGAGCUACUAAUACGUGCAAACCAAGGCCACACAAUAACGGCUGUUGAAACUGAAAGCUUAUUGAAACCAAUCCUUUCAGCUGAUGAAGUUCUAGUUUGUGUGCAUGGAACCUACAAGAAGAACUUGGAAUCAAUUCUAGGAUCUGGUCUGAAGCGCAUGAAGAGAUUGCAUGUUCAUUUCUCUUGUGGUUUACCAACAGAUGGAGAAGUAAUAAGUGGUAUGAGGCGAGAUGUCAAUGUUCUGAUCUUUCUAGAUGUUAGAAAAGCAUUAGAGGAAGGCAUGAAGCUUUACAUUUCUGACAACAAGGUGAUCUUGACGGAAGGUUUUGAUGGUGUUGUUCCACCCAAGUAUUUUGAAAAGAUAGAAUCAUGGCCAGGCAGACAGCCUAUUCCUUUUUAAAAGUACUGACAUAAUUUUGUUUUUACUUAUGUUAGGAUCAGAGGAUUACUAGAUGAUUGGUAUUAUAUAUUAUUGUAAUCAUGGUAUAGGAAAAAUUUGAUACCAUCAGUUUUUUAACUUUUGAUCAUUGGAUAUACACUAUACUUGCUUUAACUCGUCUUG